ACAAUGGCAACCGAUCAAGAAUCACUCCGAGAAUAUCUAAACAAAAUCGCCAGGGAACACAAAUAUGUGAAACCUGAGAUUACAAUAGAAGAAAUAUCAAGCGGCGGAGCCAACUACACAUCUAAACUGUUCACGGCGGUCGUGAGGGAAGCAGGCAAGGAAGAUCUGCAUCUGUUUGCUAAAGUGGCCACACUUAGUGAAAGUAUGCGUGAGCUGUUACCAAACAUGUACACCAAUGAACAGUACAUGUACACACAGCUGGCAAAGUGGUACGAAAAAAUGGAAAAGGAAAAUGGAGUGAAAGAAGAAGACAGGCUACUAUUCUGCAAGUUCUACGGAUUCGAUCCCAGCCCGAAAAGGGAGAUACUGGUACUGGAGAACUUGCUGCCACAAGGCUACGGACCUCACAACAGGUUCCAGUCUAUAGAUUGGCCGUAUGCUGCUUCUGCCGUCAGAGAUCUUGCUAAAAUGCAUGCACUGUCCUUAGCGUUUGCUAAAAGACACCCUAAAGAGUUUAAAAAAGCUUUGGAAAUCUUAGCGGUGAAUUGGGAUGUAGAUGUCAUGAAAUCUACUUUGCAGCAGUGUUCAGCUUCUGCACUGAACGUUGUCAACCCUAAGAACAAGGAUGCACUUGCCAGGUUCCUACAUAAGUCACGAGAGAUAACGUGGAACGAAAUAACACGCCCUACAACACCCGCCAGAACAGUCAUCAUACACCGAGACUACAGGGGAAACAACUUGUUGCACAGACGUCGAAUGGUAGAAUAG